AUGCCUGCUUUCAAUAUCGUUGUUUUCGGUGGUGACCACUGUGGUCCCGAGGUCACUGCUGAGGCCAUUAAGACCCUCCGUGUGCUCGAGAAACACCGUGAUGUCUCCUUCAACCUCCAGGACCACCUGCUCGGCGGCGCCUCCAUUGAUGCCACCGGCUCCCCCCUCACCGACGAGGCUCUGAACGCCGCUAAGAACGCCGACGCCGUCCUUCUCGGUGCCAUUGGUGGCCCGAAAUGGGGCACUGGCGCUGUCCGCCCAGAGCAGGGUAUCCUCCGCCUCCGCAAAGAAAUGGGUACAUUCGGCAACCUGCGUCCCUGCAACUUCGCCGCUCCCUCGCUCGUCGAGAGCUCCCCCCUCAAAGCCGACGUCUGCCGCGGUGUCGACUUCAACAUCAUCCGUGAGCUGACAGGUGGUAUCUACUUCGGCGAGCGCAAGGAGGAUGAUGGCUCCGGUUUCGCCAUGGACACAGAGCCCUACUCCCGCCCCGAGAUCGAGCGCAUCAUCCGCCUCGCAGCAAACCUUGCUCUGCAGCACAACCCUCCCCUCCCCGUGUGGAGUCUGGACAAGGCCAAUGUCCUGGCUACUAGCCGCCUGUGGCGUAAGGUCGUUACCGAGGUUAUGGCGAACGAGUUCCCCCAAGUGCAGAUUGGCCACCAGCUGAUUGACUCUGCUGCUAUGAUCAUGGUGAAGAACCCACGUCAGUUGAACGGUAUCGUUGUUACUAGCAACUUGUUCGGUGAUAUUAUCAGUGACGAGGCGAGUGUUAUUCCUGGUUCUUUGGGUCUUCUGCCCAGUGCCAGUUUGACUGCUGUUCCUGAUGGAAAGAGCAAGGUCAACGGUAUCUACGAGCCCAUCCACGGAUCUGCUCCCGAUAUUGCCGGUAAGGGCAUUGUCAACCCCGUCGCUGCUAUUCUGUCUAUUGCUAUGAUGCUGCAGUACUCUUUCGGUAUGUUCGAUGAUGCCAAGAUCAUCGAGCAGGCCGUUAGCAAUGUGAUUGAGGCUGGUGUCCGCACUGGUGACAUUGGUGGAAAGGCUACUACCGCUGAGGUUGGUGACGCUGUUGCUGCUGAGCUCGCCAAACUCCUCCAGUAA